AUGCGUUUGUCACUGGCAUUGUUUGGCCUGCCUCUUUGCUUGGCCUUUGCAGUCCCCGAGAACAUCCAGCCACGGACAGAAAGCAGCGUCAAUCUCGCCGAAUGUCAUUCAGCGAAAGAAGUCAUCAAGCUACUGGAUAUGCAGCCCUCAGCCGAAAAGGGCUACUUUGUCGAAACCUUCCGAGACCCAGCAGUCACAGCCAACAAUCGCUCUGCCAGCACCGCCAUCUACUACCUGCUUGAAGGAAAAUCAGGCUUCUCUCUUUGGCACAAGUUGGACGCUGCAGAGGUUUGGCACUAUUAUGCCGGAUCACCUCUCGAGCUCUACCAGUCUCACAACGAUGGAAGCUGUGUCAAGAAGAACCUGAUGGGACCGGAUAUCUUCAAGGGACAGAGGCCGCAAGUUGUGGUUGAAGAGGGAGAGUGGCAGAGAGCUCGCAGUUUGGGCAAGUGGACACUUGUUGGCACUACAGUUGCUCCAGGAUUUGACCCCAACGGAGAGGUGCUUCAGACAGAGAGCUGGGAGCCGCAAGGCUGUUAA